CUGCGGCCGGGCUCUCCGGGGAGAGUUCCUUCUCCGGGGAGUUUGCGCGGUGCCGAUCCUUCGCCAUUCCUCCUGGGGGAGCCUGCCCGGGCGGGCAGGGCGAGUGAAGAUGCCAUAUAUUAAGAAGACAGCUGGAAAAAAGGCCCCUGCAAAAAGGAAACUUGCUGAAGUGUUUGCUCUGGGGGAGGUUCUAACGGACACAUCAAGGAAAGAAUGGAAAUUAGGUGUUCCUAUAGGGCAAGGAGGCUUUGGACGCCUGUACCUUGCUGAUGUUAAUUCUUCAAAGUCGGUUGGCAGCGAUGCACCUUAUGUUGUGAAAGUGGAACCCAGCCAGAAUGGACCUCUUUUUACUGAGUUAAAGUUCUACAUGCGAGCUGCUAAGCCAGAUGAAAUUCAGAAGUGGACUAAGUCCCAUAAACUGAAAUAUUUAGGUGUGCCAAGAUAUUGGGGUUCUGGCUUGCAUGAAAAAAGUGGAAACAGCUAUCGGUUUAUGAUAAUGGAUCGUUUUGGAAGAGAUCUUCAGAAGGUGUAUGAAGAGAAUGCAAAGCGAUUUGCUCAUAAAACUGUACUUCAAUUAGGCUUGAGAAUACUUGAUAUCCUGGAAUACAUCCAUGAGCAUGAAUAUGUGCAUGGAGACAUCAAGGCUUCAAACCUUCUUCAGAGUUACAAGAACCCUAGUCAGGUGUAUUUGGUGGAUUAUGGGCUUGCCUACCGAUACUGUCCUGAAGGAGUUCACAAAGCAUAUAAGGAAGAUCCUAAAAGAUGUCAUGACGGCACUAUUGAGUACACCAGUAUAGAUGCACACAAGGGUGUGGCACCAUCGAGACGUGGGGAUCUGGAGAUCUUAGGUUACUGUAUGGUUCAUUGGCUUAGUGGCCAUCUACCAUGGGAGGAUAAUUUGAAAGAUCCAAAUUUUGUCAGAGACUCAAAGAUCAGAUGUAGAGAUAACAUUUCAGAGUUGAUGGACAAAUGCUUUCCUGGGAAAAAUAAACCAGAUGAAAUAAGGAAAUAUAUGGAAAAGGUGAAGCAACUGAGCUAUGAGGAGAAACCUGUGUAUCCACAUUUCCGAGAAAUACUUCUGCAAGGACUCAAGUCCAUUGGACAAAAAGAUGAUGGAGUACUUGACUUUGGCUUGUCAGAAAAUGGAGACGUGCAAACGAACCCUGUACAAAAGAAAAAAAGAAAGGCAGCAGCUGCAGCCAAUGAGAGCAGUGAAGCAGAAAUGGAAGAUGCAGGAAGUCCAGAAAAAAAGAAGCGUGCUUCUUCCAAAGCAGUAGCUACCAGAACACGAAAAAUGGUGUCACCAAAAACCAAGAAAAGCGCAGCAACCAGGAAGAGAGUUCAGAAGUAAAUAAUGAACGCAGCAACAACUUAAGUUGCUCUUCAGCUCAUCUCUGUUGUUUUUUUUUUUUGUUUGUUUUUUUGUUUUUUUUUCAGUUACUGUAGCACUGGAAUUUAUUUCAUUCCCUUUUUUACAUAAUAAUUCCUGUUUAAAAAAAAAACAAACUUGGACUGCUGCUUGUACUUGUUUUUCGAAGAAUAAAUGUUUUAGUAAAAUAUUUGCAUAAGUUAUGUCUGCUGUAGUAACAAUGAAAAAUUUUGCCAACUUUGGAGUGAAGGUGCAUUUUUAUUUUUUAAGAUGAAUUUGUGUAUAAAAAUGCAAACUAAAAGAGAGUGUUUUUUUUUUUUUCCUGCUUUAUGAUGUAGUUUUGUUGUGGUUCUUUUUAAGGAGCAAUAGUGUGGCAUCUGAUUUCUUUUAAUUUUGAAUAAUUUUGAAAGAGUUCACUUAAAUGUACCCUGAGAUGAUUGAAGUCAGGAGACUGAAAUAAUAGAUGUUUUAAAUAUUUCUCAAGUAUUUUAAUAGAGUUAACAAAAUAGUAAAAUACAUAUUGUUUCUGUAUCGUUUUGUCACUAUUCAGAGUUCUUCUGGAAUAAAGAAACCAGAAUUUCAGAUAGAAGGGCCCAGAGCUUAAAAAAA